AGAUCAAGGGGGCAUUAAAAAUAAAAAGCAGUAGCAGUGACGGAUUCAGGCGACGUAUAACCGCCACUGACAUUCAGAGAUAUGGUCCGUUGAUCUGUAUUCACCUGAAAAGCAGUACCAUCAUCCAUCAUGGGGAAAACCAGGACAUGCAUUCUGUGUGAAAUUGUCUACAACUCCAGAAAGGAAAUGGAUGAGCACAUGAGAAGUAUGUUACAUCAUCGGGAACUGGAGAAUCUGAAAGGCCGGGACAGCGGGCACGAGUGCCGGGCGUGCGGCGUGACCGUGGCCAGCCUUACCGAGUACGCCAGCCACAUCUCCAGCACGCUGCACAAGCAGCGCGUGGAGGCCCAUGACCGCCAGGCCUCCAAGGACAACCAGGAUGAGGAGUACUUCGACAAAGACAUGGUGGAGCUCAUUGAAAAACGCAAGGAGCUUAUCAGACAAGAGGAAGCUGUGUCAAAAAGGGCCAGAGAGGAGGAGGAAACGAUGAGGAACUGGCAGGAGAUGAAGGAGAAGUGGCAGGGUCCCAGAAUAUGGCCCCACCAAGCAGGCGCCUCCUGGGGCCGGCCCUGCCCCAACUUCCCCCAUGCACCCAGAGGCAGAGAAGCCCCCGGUUGGAACAGCUGGGAGAAUAGGAGCGCCACGUGGCAUGCAGAGGGACCACCCGACCUGCAGAGAUGGGGGCAUUUCCACGGCAGGGGAAGCAGCCUGCCCAACCGCGGAAACUACUGGGGACACAGAGCCUAUGGGAUCUGCCCACCACAGCAGAGGUGGCCUGGCACGGAUGCUAGUCAAGGGCACUAUGAGAGAAAUGGUGACUUCUUCUGGCCACGUGGCAAAGGCAUGGUCAACAGGAUGCCGUCACCAAACCUCUAUACAGCGCCUCCUAAGAUGCAUCCCUGCCAGAAACCACAGCACAGCAUUGAAAGGCAGAAAAAGGGCAACCAGAACCAAAAAGCAGCUGGUGGGGAGAACGAUCGUAGCAAAAGCAGCGUUAGCAAGCCGGACAAGUCCUGCCGCUGGGCGCCAUAUCCCCCAGCCAAGCUCGGAGAUGCGUCAGGUCAAAAUGAUACCCAGCCUCCCUCAGAGAAGUCUGGAGCUCCUGAACACAGCAAGGAGAAAUGUUGGAGUGCAAGUAGCCACUCUGAUGUGGGGAAGAACCUGCAUGGGUCCUGUGAACAUAUGCAGGAUGAGGACCAGAACCAAAAGCAGAACACCUGCUCCAGUAAGAGCAGUGAAAGUGGUGGGAAAGCUCUUAGACCCACGCCUCUGACCUUUUCUUCAUCAUCUUCAUCCGCAUCAAAAGCAGAGAGGCCCACAAAGCAUUCUGAAAGAAGGGUGUCCGCCAACCUACGCUCAGUGACCAAUCUUAGUCGAGCGGCGAGUCAGGACUCUGUCAGCUCGAAAGCUUCUAACCAUUCUCACACAGACUCACUGCCCUCACAAAAUGCAUCUUGCGGUCCAGAGCAGGAACGGCUGCUAUCGGAAAUGUUACGCAAAGCAAAGGAGACCCUCCUGGACAGACAGGGCACGGUGGGACAGGCCGCCUCAGAAGACUGCCCUGAGGAAACUGAGCUGGAUAUCUGUGAAGACCAGCUGACCCAGAAUUCAAAGUUGAACAGAUCAAAAAAAGGAUCUGAGAGUAGGAUGAAGUCAGAUGAGCGCAGUGGGAGAAGGAAGGAGUCUCUGGACGUUAGUGCCGCACAGCGGGCUCUCACAGCGAAAACCGACACCACCCUGUCCCUGCAGUCUUUGCAAGUCAGCACCUCCACUGCGGACCGGGAGGACGAAGAUGGGUGUGGUGAAAGGGACGAAGACCUGGUGCCAGAUCGUGAGGCUGCGGACGAGGGCCCCAGCUCGGACGGCGAGGCCGGGCGCGAAGGCCAGCCUCAGGCAGGUGGAAGUUCGGUGCCCUCGCUGAGUAAGCUGGCGCUGCCUGCCUGCCUCAAGCGUGACCUGAACCGGCACAUCGGCGGCAAGGGCAAGGCGGCGGUGGUGCGGGAGCCCAACCUGAACAUUGCCCGACGCAUCCGUAACGUGAGCGGCACGCGGAAGGGUGAGGGCGAGAAGGAGGCGACGGGCCUCAAGCCCACGCUGCGGCAAAUCAUCAGCUCCUCCGCCUCCAGGAGGAGCGUCAACUGGGACCAGGUGUACCAGGAGGUGCACCGUAAGAAGCAGGAGAAGGGCAAGGGCCUGCCAAGGUUUGGGAUAGAGAUGGUGCCAAGCGGGCCAGAGGGUCCGACCCUAAUGGAGGAGGAUGACGCCCCUCUUUUUGAGGGCUUCCAGUGGGAGACUCUGGUGGACUCCGGUGGACUCAAGCACAGCAUGUCGGAGAGCGGCGUGGUCGACAACAGGGCGGCAGCCUCGUGUUCUCUCCAUAGCACUCAAGAACCAAGGAGAGAAUCCUUCGUCAGCGCUUCGUCCGCGACUCCCCAUCCCGGACCUUCACUCUUUGAAGAUGACCGUGAAGGGCUUUCCCGGGUUAGUGUGUGCCCGGAGGUGACGGGGCCAAGAGGGCCUUCCCAGGACCCAGAGCCUGCGGACGGGGACAGUAGCUGCGUAUCGGGAACUGAGCUGAACGACUGCCAGACGGGAGGGAAGAAACGAAGAGCUGCAGGGGACAUCGUGUCCCCAGAAAUUCCUAAUUCAGGAAGAAAGAACAAGAGGCAGAAGAUCAAGCCUAAAAAAGAGUGCUCAGAGCUGGACGAGCUUCUGGCUGUCUCGCUGCGUGAGGAGGAGCUGAACGCCUCCCUGCAGACGCUGGAUAACAGUCUGAUCCAGGCCCGUUCCACUCUGCAGGCAGCCUAUAUGGAAGUGCAGCGCCUGCUAAUGGUCAAACAGGAGGUAACCACAGAGAUGAGUUCCUUAAGGACCAAACGUAUAGAAAUCCUGCAAGGUUUGCAAGGUGUAGGUGAGUCUUUGCAGAGAACCAGGAGCUGUGACGAGAACCCGACAGCGAAGCCAGUUCCGGCGCCACUCUCCACGGCCGUGCCUGACAAUGCUGUGAACCCCAGUCGUCUAGCCACUUCCUCGCCCUUCCCAUCACCACCGGCUGCCUCCAGCACGACCGCUGUUGUCAUCAAACAGGAACGUGCAUCGCCUGUAGCCCUCGCCCCGGGGCGAGAGCACGCAGAUAGUCCCCUCCGUGACCCCCACAGCACCACGCCACAGCAGGGAGCAGCCGUCGGCACCGAGACCGGUUCUAACAGCCUUGUGGUGAAAGUUUGUCACAAAGAUAAGGACAGUGCUCAAGAUGGAACAGGUUUACCUUUGAGCAUGCCUCCUCUGGAUCACGGAGUAAAGCUGUCCCCUACCCAGCGGACUCGCAGGGCCUCUCAAGAGUCAGUGCUGGGCCCUUCCCCACCCCCUGUCGCAGUAAGCCCGCUUCUCAACUCGCUCUCCCCCAAGCCUUCCCCACCCCCAACCGUCCAGGACCCCAAGGCUGGAAAACGCGUGAGGAAGCUGAAGAAGAAGAGAGUCCUGAGGAAGGCCCAGGGUAACGAGCAGCCCGACGCCAGUGACUCGGAGCUGGACGCCGACCAGGCACCGCGGCCCGUCCGGAAACUCCGCCCCCGCCGGAGGCCCAGCGGCUCCUGCCCCUCGCCUCCUGCUACUGAGGAAAUGGAUGAAAUCAUGGAGGUGGCAGGCGCUCCAGAGCCUAUGGAGAUGAAAGAAUCAGAAAUGGCCCCAGCUGGCAAGGAAGCUCGGAACUCGGACUCCUCAGAGCUGGAAAUGGUGGAGCUCCCACAAGCCAUGCCAACUGAGGUGGUUAACCUGGACUCCUCGGAAACUGACGAGGGAGUCGCGGAGGAGGACCCAGGCCCUCCUGAAGUCUCCAAGGAGUGUGCAGCUGAGAAGACAGAAGCCCAGAGGCUUGCCUGCAAUGAGGUCACCUCCACCAGCGAAAUGGAUGCCAGCAGUACAGCCCAGAGCUGUCAAAGUGAGAAGACGUUAGCCUUAGAAGCUGUGAAGGAGUACAAGGCAUCCUCGGACACGUCGUCAGAUCUAGGUGAGGAGGAGGUGCCCACCGAGGGGUCGUUUGAGGGUCACCAGGAGGCAGUGAACGGCAUGCAAAUCCAUAAUGGCCUGCUGUUCACCUGCUCAGGAGACCGAACUGUGCGGGCCUUCAACCUGACGAACCGCAAGUGCAUGGCCGUGUUUGAGGGCCACAGCAGCAAGGUGAACUGCCUGCUGGUAUCUUCUGGGCCAGGCCUGCAGCAACGCCUCUACUCUGGAUCCAGCGACCAGACCAUCCGCUGCUACAACAUCAAGACACGGGAGUGCGUGCAGCAGCUUACCCUCCCCGACCGUGUGCUCUGCCUCCACAGCCGCUGGAAAGUGCUGUACGCCGGCCUGGCCAACGGCUGCGUGGUCACCUUCAGUCUCAAGACCAAUAAGCAGCUGGACAUGUUUGAGUGCCACGGGCCACGGGCGGUCAGCUGCCUGGCCACUGCACAGGAAGGGGCGCGCCGCGUGCUCCUCGUCGGCUCCUACGACAGCACCAUCAGCGUGAGGGAUGCAAGGAGCGGCCUGUUGCUCCGCACGCUCGAAGGACACACCAAGACCGUGCUGUGCAUGAGGGUGGUGAAUGAUCUCGUAUUCAGUGGGUCCAGUGACCAGUCUGUCCAUGCACACAAUAUACACACAGGAGAGCUGGUACGGAUCUAUAAGGGCCAUAGCCAUGCUGUCACUGUGGUGGCCAUACUGGGGAAGGUGAUGGUUACAGCGUGCCUGGACAAACUUGUCCGCGUGUAUGAACUACAUUCUCAUGACAGGUUGCAGGUGUAUGGUGGACAUUCAGACAUGGUGAUGUGUAUGGUCAUCCAUAAGAGCAUGAUUUACACAGGAUGUUAUAACGGGAGCGUGCGGGCUGUCCGACUGAACCUGAUGCAGAACUACCGCUGCUGGUGGCACGGCUGCUCGCUGAUCUUCGGCGUCUCGGAGCACCUGCAGCAACACCUGCUCAAUGACCACACAAACCCCACGCAGAAGACACUGAAGUGCCGAUGGAGGACCUGUGACACCUUCUUCACCUCCCGCAGCUCCAAGCAGGCAGUGCAUGCUCACAUGCAGAAGCACGCAGAGGAGGACAGUACAAUGGACUCCUAAAGGGCCUCGAGGGGCUUUGACCACCCAUUUAACCCAAAUAACUCUUUUAUCCCAUAUUGGGAAGUUCUGAUCUGCACCUCGGGACAGGAGUGCUUUCCCUGUUCAUUCAUUUGUGGAUGCGUUGUAUACCAGCAGCUGUCAUCUGAGAGGCAGUGGGUCAGCUACUGGCAGCUCCUGGUGCCAUCUUUUCAAUACGGAGGAUUUGCAAGAUUUUGAUUUUCUUACUUUUUUUUUUUUUUAAUUUGAAGCAGUGGUUUGUCCGCUGAAACUAGAAGACUGUUAACAUCUUUUCAAAAAAGUAACGUUCAGAGUAGGCUUUUACCAGUUACUUGCCAGCCUACUUGGAUGUGAUUUGAGGCUUUUGGCAUCCAAAGGUUCUUUUCUUUUAGAUUGAAUCCCUCCCGUUCACUGGAUUUGCUAGUAUUUGCUGACCAUGCCUGUCAAAGCAUUUUAUCUUUCCUCUUUUUCUAUUAACGCUGUACUCGUGUCUCUUUAUCUGAAGACUGGCUGAGCGUGCAACUCUGCUAAUCUGUCAUACUAUGCCUCUGCCGUUUUUCAGAAAAAGAUACAUACAGGUAAUGGAUAACACGGCUCUUUCCGAAUCCUUCUCUUCCUGCUUGUCUGAUCAUGCACAGUACUGUGCAGCUCUGAGAUUCAAUGACCAAAUAAAGGUGAAGAGUCUAAAGAACUGUGGAAAAUGCUGUACAAACUUUGGGACAGGCCUGGAAGAGUUGGUGCUGCUGCCCCCCAGCUAACAACACACAUGCUUCUCUACUUAGUAUGGCAUGGAUUCAGAGAGGCUUUUCACCUGGGCUGUUUAGAGGUGUGAAAGAAUAGUACUCGUGUCUUCUUGAGCAACCAGAGUUUGGGGUUUGUUUUUUGUUUGUUUUUGGUUGGUGGUUUUGUUUGUUUUUAACUAGAAGUCUUGUUUUGAAGACCCUUUCUUCCUCAUAAUUUACUUAGAGCUGUGUUUAGUAGAGACAUCCAUUUACAGCAAUGUUAUUCUAGGUUGAAAUAAUUUAUUACAGGGUUUUCAUACUAGAUCAGGUGCAAAUCCUUUUUUUAAACAAGUUUUUUCCUAGUUGUCAAAUGGGUGUUUCUCUGAAGAGGAAGUGGUCGAACCUUUUUUUUCUCUCUCUUUUUCCUGUUUUUGUUUUCUUCAUUUUAGAUCUUAUUGUGUCUUUACUUCCCUCCACUAUUAUGGAAAGAUGAUUUCAUAUAUAUUAAAGUUUAUGUGGGGUUGUUUUCCUUUCUCUCGUCAUCUGGUGUGGUUGCUCGCUGAUGUUAAGAUGAAAAGGAGGGAUUGGUGGUUUUGUAGUUCAGAGAUUGCUGUUGUGUUUGCUGUGAUGACCUGAAGCGCGACAGUCGAUGUGUGUUACGGUGAGCGUAACGUGUGGGAGUGUGCAUGUGUCUGAAGAAAUACAGUAUAACGUUGUGGGUUUGGUUACAUUUUUCAACACUAAAUCCCACACUGAAUUUGCUCUUAAGGAAAGUGAUUUAAUUUUACUGUGUCAGUGCUGGAAUAUGUUGAACUUAAUAUAGGAGUUGUUUGUUCAUCAAGUGAAAAGCGUGGUAGAAUGCGUGUUCUGUGCCGUACUACUGUGAAAUGCAGGCAGUUCAGAAACACUGGUAAACCUCAGUUACUCAUCUUUAAAUAUUUUUACUUUUUUUUUCAUAAAGUAUCUAAGCAGUCGGCUACAUAUUUCCUUCUGUCCACACUAACUAAGAAGCUUUGGCCUUAUGCUAGAAUACAGUGAUGUUUAUUAUUUUUGCUUUUGUCGUGUUGUUGGCAUAAAGCCAGUUGGUUUUUCCUCUCAGUAAUUGUUCCUUGCAGCAACCUGUUCAGCCGUGUGUAGCUGGGGGAGCAUUCAGACAGCCUCUUACAUGGUGUUCCAAAGUUUCUCAAGUUUGUUUGUUCAUUUUCCAUGAUUAACUGGUUACAUUAAAAAAACAACAACAACAACAAAAAACUA